AUGCCUCGUCGUCGUCGUACGAGACAGAGAGCGAGACAAGGAGAGGUUGAGGCCUUGCCUGUAUCGGACAGUGAAGCAGUUGUCGUUGCUUCUGAACCUGAAGCCAUGUCUGGCCUGAAGCUGGACGGCUUGAUGAAGUCCUUCGGUGGGAAGGCAGGUGACAGCUUUGAUGACUUUUGGUUGAAGUACUCUGUGCUGUCGGAGGUGAACGGUUGGGACACGGCUGAUAAGCGCAUGCAGAGACUUCCUCUGUUUUUGGAAGGAGAUGCGCUGCUCGUGUUUAGUAGAAUGGAGGCUGCGGAUAAGAAGGACGAGGAUAAGGUGUCCGCUUUGCUGCAAAAGUCGUUCGGCGUGACAGGAAGUGAUGCGUACGAAAAAUUUACGUCCCGCCGGUUCCUUUCUGAUGAAAGUCCUGACGCGUACGUGUCUGAUUUGCAGCGGCUGCUGGCUGCAUCAGGUCACAAGCUGACAGGUGAUGACGAUUCUGUCGUUAUUGAGCAGCUGCUGGCUGGUCUCCCUUUUGAUUUUGCCAAGGAGAUCCGCCUGUCAAGUGCUGGGAAAGACUUACGUGUGUCCGACUGUGUGGAGAAGUUGAGAGCACUGCGCAAGGUUGUGUCAGCAAGGCCAGGUAUUGCUGGUGCAGUGGUGUCUGGCCCUUCCGGUGGGAAGAAGUCCCAUAUUGUCUGUCAUAAGUGUGGUGAACCUGGGCAUAUACGGAGACAUUGCCCGGAAGGACGUGGUGGCGGCAGCAGUGCUGUGAAGAGCAGUGGAGGCAGCGGUGGUGGCCAGCAGAAGUCAUCAGGGCCACGAAAUGUUACAUGUUUCUUCUGUGAGCAACCGGGUCAUUAUCAACAGGACUGUGAGCUCAAAAAGCAAUGGCUCCGAGACCAGAAGAGAGGCAAAGGCGUGGCCGGAGCGGCUGUGGAGAUCGCCGAUCCAUGUCUCCUAGCUGCAGUAACUACCACGCGACCUGGUUUGCCUCGUGUGUUUGUAGACGUGGCUGUACCUGACAGGGAUGUGUGGAGGCGCGUGCAAGCCAUCAUCGAUACUGGCUCCUGUCGCACGCUCAUUAGCGAAGCACUUGUUGACAGUUUGGGUGUCCCUGUUACUGAGAGUCUGGGCAAAGGAAUUGUUGCCUUGGAUGGAGAGCAGCUGACUACACGUGGCGUGGUGGAACUGCAGUUCAAGCGUGAUGAUGGUCCUGUGUCAAUUCCUGAGUCAACUAUGUCCGCUGUUGUGCUUCCUGACCUGAACGUUGUGUCGGCUGACGUGCUGAUCGGCUCAGACUUCGUGACAAUGUGUGGGGGUCUGCAUAUGGAAUAUGAUGACGGAAGGCUAGCUGGUGUGGUGAUCGGCCCGGCCCAGGAGAAGUCGGGUAAACGCGCACCUGACGUUGUCGGAGCUGUACCUACACCGACUAAGCUCCCUCGGCAUGUGCAAGUCACAGAAGACGCCGACACAGGCAAUGUCGUGCUUACCACCAGUGAUGGCACGGUGUGCUGGAACGCUGAAGAGCGACACUGGGAGAUAUCGUGGAAGUGGUCAAGCAAUAAUGAGCCUGAGGGUUUCAUUGGCUCCGGUGUGGCUCAGUAUUCGCGGAGCGGUCUGUCGGAAUCGCAAGAGAAUACCUUCUGUGACGAAGUAGACGGAUGGAUUGAGAAGGGGUGGCUCAUACCUCAUGAUCCAGCGGUCCACGGAGAACCGGCUGCAGUACUUCCCCUGCUAGCAGUCAAACAAGAGCACAAGUUGACGACGCCUGUGAGACCGUGUUUGGACUACACUGCUUUGAACAAAGAGCUGGUAUCCAACCCUGGUGCUGAAGCACCUGCGUGCCAAGAGAAGCUGCGGCAGUGGCGCGGUGCAGGAGAUCCCGAUUCAUAUGCUCUGAUUGAUAUACGGAAGGCAUAUUUGCAAGUCCGUGUGUGCCCUGACCUAUGGCGCUACCAGGUGGUGAAGUGGAAAGGUCAGACGUAUGUCCUAACAAGAAUGGGCUUUGGUCUGUCAGUAGCACCUAAGCUGAUGGAUUUGAUUGUUCGGUACUCAACUCGCCAGUUUCCGGCUGUGGCCAACAAGGCUCUUCAAUAA